GCCACAAACAAACACAGCCAGCAGCAGCAGCCGCAGCAGCAGCAAUCAAGAGAGCCAUCCAUCGAUCAAUAAUGGCGCGGUGGUCGGCGCCGACCGCCGCCGCGGUGGCCACCGUGCUGGGCGCGAGCCUUCUGUACAUGGCGCUUGUGGCGUCGGCUCAGCCGCCGCUGCCGGGCAACGUGCAGGUCAUCAGCAUGAACGGCAAGCGCAACAGCAAGUUCACCUGCACCGACACCAGGAAGAACUCAAAACGCCCCGGGUGCACGGCCACCUGCCCCAACCGCUGCCCCAAGAAGUGCCUCGUCCUCUGCCCCACCUGCAAGACCUUCUGCCUGUGCGACUUCUACCCCGGCGUGUCGUGCGGCGACCCGCGCUUCACCGGCGCCGACGGCAACAACUUCUACUUCCACGGCAAGAAGGACCAGGACUUCUGCAUCCUCUCCGACGCCGGCCUCCACAUCAACGCGCACUUCAUCGGCAAGCGCAACCCCGCCAUGAGCCGCGACUUCACCUGGAUCCAGGCGCUGGGCAUCCGCUUCGCGCACCACCACCUCUACGUCGGCGCCGCCCGCACCGUCCGCUGGGACGCCGCCGCCGACCACCUCUCCCUGUCCUUGGACGACGAGGCCGUCCCCCUGCCGGCGUUCACCGGCGCCCGGUGGUCCCCGCCCACCGCCCCCGCGCUCUCCGUCACCAGGACCGCGCAGGCCAACACCGUCGUCGUCGAGCUCAGGGGCGUCUUCCGCAUAAUGGCCAACGUCGUGCCCAUCACCGCCGAGGACUCGCGCGUCCACGGCUACGGCGUCACCGACGACGACAGCCUCGCGCACCUCGACCUCGGCUUCAAGUUCUACGACCUCACCGACGACGUCCACGGCGUGCUCGGACAGACCUACCGCACCGACUACGUCAACAGGCUCAACGUCACCGCCAAGAUGCCCGUCAUGGGAGGCGCCGACAACUUCGUCUCCUCGGGCCUCUUCGAAACCGACUGCGCGGUCGCAAGGUUCGGACGCGGCAGCACCGCCACCGCUUCCGCGGCCGCCGGCGCCGGCAACGGCAUCGCCAUGGUCACGGACGCCAAGUACCUGUAGAUCGAUCUCUAUCGAUCGAGCUACGAAUGAUGAGACGAACGUUUGUUAAUUGUUUAAUCGCCGUAAGGAUAUGGGGUAUGUAUGUGUGUCCCGAUCUAAUUAAUUAAUUGUUGGUGUUGUAUUGGUUAGUAUUCAAAUAUCAACGUAUAUCUAUAUAAAAGAUAAAUAAUUCAGGAGCAUGCAUGCAUCUAAGUGAAGAAUAUGUAUACCCUGAAUCCCUGAUGAAGUGAUGAUGUCUGAUGAGAGCUAGUAAAA